AUGGCUUUGGAACCUAUUGAUUAUACCACUCACUCGAGAGAGAUCGACGCAGAGUACCUGAAGAUUGUCAGAGGCUCCGAUCCUGACACCACCUGGUUGAUUAUUUCGCCCAAUGCAAAGAAAGAAUACGAACCUGAAUCGACCGGUUCUUCCUUUCACGAUUUCUUGCAGUCAUUUGAUGAAACAAAGGUCCAGUACGGACUAGCACGUGUGUCCCCACCAGGGUCGGACGUCGAGAAGAUUAUUAUCAUCGGUUGGUGUCCAGAUUCUGCGCCAAUGAAGACAAGGGCCUCUUUCGCUGCCAAUUUCGCCACGGUUGCUAAUAAUCUGUUCAAAGGUUACCACGUUCAAGUUACUGCGAGAGACGAGGACGAUCUUGAUGAAAAUGAACUGUUGAUGAAAAUCAGUAACGCCGCCGGUGCCCGUUAUUCUAUCCAGACUUCCUCCAAGCAACAGGGGAAGGCUUCCACUCCUCCCGUGAAGAAAUCUUUCACACCUUCCAAGAGCCCCGCUCCACACUCUGAAAAAGCACCGGCUAAGGCUCCUUCUCCAGCACCUGCUGCUAAGAUUUCUUCCCCUGUCAACGACAACAAUGACGACGACGAUUGGAAUGAGCCUGAAUUAAAGGAACGGGACUUCGAUCAGGCUCCUUUGAAACCAAACCAAUCCUCUUACAAGCCAAUUGGCAAAAUCGACCUUCAAAAAGUGAUUGCUGAGGAGAAGGCUAAGGAAGACCCACGUCUUGUUCAAAAGCCAACCGUUGCUGGUUCCAAGAUCGAUCCUACUUCGGAUAUUGCUCACUUGAAAAACGAAUCAAAAUUGCAAAGGGACUCUGAAUUCAACUCCUUUUUGGGCACCACUAAACCGCCCUCUAUGAUGGAAUCUUCAUCAAAGAAUAAUGAUGAUAAAGUCAUCAAGGGUUUCAGAAAUGAGAAAUCCCCCGCUCAAUUAUGGGCUGAAAGGAAGGCGAAGCAAAUUAAUGGCAACGUAGAAUCUAAGGCCGAGGCACCAAAACCUGAAGUUCCUGAAAACGAAUCUGAAGGUGAACCUGAUGUCAAAGAUUUGAAGUCAAAGUUUGAAGGAUUGGCCGCUUCAGAAAAAGAGGAGGAAGAAAUGGAAAACAAAUUUGUCCCCCCUCCAAAGAAAUCAGAACCAACUAUAAUCUCACCAAAACCCUUCUCCAAACCACAGGAGCCUGUAAAAGCUGAAGAAACUCAGCAGUUGAAGACUGAUUACAAGAAGAUCGGUAACCCAUUGCCCGGUAUGCACAUUGAAGCGGAUAACGAGCACGAACCAGAAGAAGAGGAUGAUGACUGGGACGAUGAUGAAGACGCGGCUCUUCAACCUCCUUUGCCUUCCAGGAACGUUGCCUCAGAAUUACCAGCGCAAAAAGAAGAACCUGAGCAAGAAGAGGUCGCCCCAAGCUUGCCUUCUAGAAACUCUAUACCUUCUCCAAAGCAAGAAGAAGCACCUGAAGAAACGUCUGAACAAGAAGGUGAAGAAGAAGAGCAACCCGCUCCUCAACUACCAUCACGAGGCUCUGCAGCUCCUCCGCCACCUCCAAGACGAGCAACCCCUGAGAAAAAGCCAAAGGAAAAUCCAUGGGCCACAGCAGAAUAUGAUUACGAUGCUGCAGAAGAUAACGAGCUGACCUUUAUAGAAAAUGACAAGAUUAUCAAUAUCGAAUUUGUCGACGAUGACUGGUGGCUAGGUGAACUGGAGAAAGACGGGUCAAAAGGUCUCUUCCCCAGUAACUAUGUGUCUUUGGGUAACUAG